CACUGCCACCUUCCAGGCCCAGUAUGUUGCGGAGUACACCAGCCGUCGUGUCAAAAGCUACACGGCGCCCCCAACCCCACUGCCUGCGACAGUACACGAGGCCCCCUCCAACAGUAGCGCCCACACCAACCCCUUCUGCCCAAGCAUACACUGCUCCGGUGACGGAGACUGUAAUUAA